AUGCAGCCCCAUUCGGCGUCAUCUCAUGUGCUUUCGAAGACGUUUAGCGGUGCCAAAAACCCAUACGAGGCGCAACACCAAGAUCGGCCACUCAAUCGAGAAACUCACCUCCGUUUUGGGUCUCAUUUCCGACCAGCUUUCGGUGGUAAAUUCGUUGGACUCGGAUAUAAUGACGCACGCAGAUAUUUGGGAAAGAUAUUUUGGACAUGUGGAGUUCCAAAUAACGUCAAAGGACCUGCACCUCCACCUGUGAUUGUAAAAUUAAAUGUUCAUUCCCCCAAAUUUUAUUUUAUUUGUACUGUAAUGGCGUCUUCUUUGUGCUGUAUUAAUUCCGAGAUGGUGUUCAUUGUACACCCGUUGGGCCGAAAGUAUAACAGCGUGAAGGAUAUGAGCCCCAUCAUAAAUUUUGUCAAUCAAUACGAUUUUUCCUCAUCCAAAUUGAGGGGCCUGACCCUUCAUGGAAAUUCCUAUGCGUCAACCUCAAUUCUUGAAUUGGUUCGGAUUUUGAUAGAAAAGGGGAAGUCUUUUCUUGAGAACAUUCGGUACGUUGAUUGCUCUGAUAUGUUUACAGGUCGUCUCAAGGAAGACGUGCCAAAAUCGCUACAAGCCAUUGGCUCUCUGCUUGGACAUUGCCCUGGCAUUGAAUGCUUAAAUCUUUCAGAUAAUGCAUUCGGACCGGCCGGAGCGAACGCAAUUGCGCCCUUUUUAGAAAAGUUAUCAUUGACCUCUUUUUUGAUUAAUAACAACGGAUUAGGCCAAUUGGGCGGGUCCAUUAUUGCUUCUUCAUUAAAAAGCAUGAGCACCCUCAGCAUAUUUUCAAUUGGGAGAAAUCGGCUCGAAAAUGAUGGCGCCAUUGCCAUCGCGGAGGCCAUCAAAUCGGGGUUUUCCUCAUCAUUACGCCAGUUUUCGAUAUUCCAAAAUGGGAUCACAAAAAAUGGGGUCCUUGCAUUGUGCGAUGCAAUUUCCACCUGCCAAUGCCUGGAGAUCCUUGAUUUCCAGGAUAACACCUUCACGAUCGAAAGCAAUUUUGGAGAAAAUGCUACGCUCGAAGCCGACUUUUCCAAACUUGUUCUUCUUGGGCUGCAAUAUAAUGGAAUAUGUGAUUCGGAACUGCAGUUGCUUAUUCGAUUGGUAGUCCAAAUGCCGCAUCUACAGUCGCUUCAAUUGAAUGGUAAUUCAUUUGACCCAGAGGGGCCUCAGUGCACUGCUCUCCGAGAGGCCAUCCAACGAUUGAGCCAAGGCGAUGUUCUAGACUCUCUUUCUGACAUGGAUAGCGACGUCGAAUCGAUCGAGCAAGAAAGUGAAAGUGAAGAAGACAUUUCCUCCGCUUCAGAAGCCGAAGAUGUGGAGACGGAGGAGCUUACGGAGAUCCUUGAAAAAACCCAUGUGGCAUAA